CUGACGCAGCCGCUCAUGAUUAGCGAACAGACAAAAGCUUCACCAUUUCGUCGUCUUCCUCUGCCGCGCAAAUGGCGAUUGCACUCUCCGUUUGAUCGAACUGCAAGAAGAUCGCAUCUGCGCAUCGGCGCGAUUCCCCUUCGAGCUUCGACGUCGAUGGCGUACCAUCCGGUUUGUUCCUCCGGCGAGGAGGAGGAGGAGGAGGGAGCCUGCUUCCACUGCAAGCGCGGGCCCGCUCGGCUCAGGCCGGGCUGGCGGCUCAGCAACGGCGGCUACGCGCAGCUCUGCGGCGAAUGCGCGUCUGCUUAUGAGGACGGUACAUUCUGCGAAACAUAUCACUCUAAUGCUGAUGGUUGGAGAAAUUGCAAUACUUGUCAGAAGCUGCUCCAUUGUGGAUGCAUUAUGUCAGUGCAUGCCUUCGUAGUAUUGGAUUUUGGAGGGGUUAGCUGCAUGGAUUGUUCGAGGAAUGACUUUAUUCAGGAUAUCCCCGAGGCUCAGCAGAAAUUGGAUGAAUCCCAAGCGGUUGGACUGUCUGAUGGUUCUGUUGAAGUGGCUGCUGAAAUUCCGUAUGAGGUGUAUGUAAGUGCAACACAUGCUCGAGCGGUGCUCCAUGCCACACCUGGUGAAACGGGCUUUCAAAAUGUUAUUUCCAGUGCCCCAUAUAAUGAAUCAUCUCCUCCAACUGAUUACGGAGUAAUGAUCUCUCAGAAUUCCUAUCACGGAGCAGAAUUCAAGUCCCCCGAAAGAUUUCCUUUGUAUGAUCAAUGUCUGGCCGGCGAAACCGGAAAGGAACUGCAGAAGACUUCUGAAAAGCAUCCUCCAAUAUGUUUUUAUUGAUGCUGUGUCCCCGUUACAUUAGACAGCUUGUCAGGUAACAUUUGCAGCUAUUUCUAAUCCGGAUUUGGAGAAGUUGCAAUGUGGUCUUCACAGAGGAGGAACAUAUCAUUUGAUGUUUGACAUUGCUUUGCACAAAUUAAAGGGUCCAACAACCCUUCAUCGCGUUUUCUUACGAAUGGGACUCAUAGCAUAAUUCACCCUAUAUUGAUUAAGUGACUAACUCAGAUAUCAUUUUUCGAGUUAUUGUAUGUGAACCUCAGGAAUCUUUACAUGUGAACUUUUAGAUGAUCUUU